AUGGGCCUCUGCUCGUCCGGAGACGAGUAUGGACGGCGUGGAGACGCAGCACUUGCGGGCCUGCCGAAGACGAACAAGGUAGUCGACGACAUCCUGGCCUACGAUGACGACUAUUCGACCCACCUUCUGCACGUGACCCAGAUUCUUCAGCAAUGCGACAGCCAUGGCAUCACCCUGAACCCGGCGAAGGUGACGUUCGCCGCUCAGGCGCUGGACUUCUGCUGCUACGUCAUCAGUCCUGACGGCUACAAAGCAGACCAGGGUAAAGUGCGGGCUAUCGCUGACUUCCCCGUUCCAGAAGACCUCACAGACUUCAGGAGCUUCAUGGGACAGGUUAACCAGCUCGGAGCGUUCUCGACGGACACAGCCAGGACAACCGAACCUCUACGCGACCUGCUGAGGCCCCGGAACCAGUGGAAAAUCGGCUGUUUGAACCGUGCAAGAGACAAAGCGCCAGAUGCGCUCGGGGAGAUGUACCUCUGGCUGGUGAUAGUCCUUUUAGCUGUGCUGCUGUGGGCCUGGAGGUCAACCACGCGACCGGCGUGGAGCCCACACGGUCCACCACUCAUGCCAUGGGUGGGAAACCUCUUCUCCAUGGACUUGAAACACGUCCACCACACCUAUGCCGAAUGGGCCAAGAUGUAUGGUGCCAUCUAUCAUGUCAAGAUUGGCGUCAUGCACCAGAUUGUGAUCAGCGAUCCCGACUUAAUCCGAGAGGCCUUCAGUCGACAUGAGCUAAGCGGUCGACCCGACACUCAAAUAUUUCAAUUUAUUGUGAAUGGAACAGGACUACUCUCUUCCCAGGGUGAGCUAUGGCAGGAAUCCAGGCGUCUGACGCUUCAUCACCUGCGCAACUUGGGCAUGGGCAAGUCCAAACUGGAAGAGUAUAUGCACUAUCAGAUCACCAGUUACAUGGACGAGAUUUUGGCGCCGAAUUGCGGCUCUGAACUUGCCUUUGACACGUCUUUGAACGUCGCCGUGGUCAACAUUCUCUGGAAGCUGGUCGCGUCGGAGGAGCUGAGCCUCGCCGACACCAAGGUCCUGAACGCCAUCACUACACGUUCACAAGUUGUCCAGGUUGCCCAGCGCAUGGCAAUUCUUGAUGUCGCCCCAUGGCUUAGCGACGUGCUACCAAGUUUUGUUUUCAAUAAGACAAAGAUUGAAAAGCAAUUUGAAAGUGUAGUGGAUGAUGUGUUCAUGCCCUCCAUCAAGAAACAUCGGGAAGAUCUUGAUACGCUCAGUGAGCCUCGCGACUACAUGGAGGCCAUGCUUCGAGAGCAGAGGCAACGACCGGACCUGCUGACCGAUUGGCACCUCCUCAUGUCGGUGAUGGAUAUGAUUUUCGCCGGCAACGACACAACAGCUAAGACGCUGCGCUGGGCCUUUUGCUUCCUGUGCAGCCGCCCAGAGGUGCAGCGGCGUCUGCAGGCCGAGCUGGACGGCCAGGUGGGCCGGCAGCGGCUGCCGUCCCUCUCGGACAGGUCGCGUCUUCCGUACGUCGAGGCCGUGCUGCUGGAGACUCAGCGAUUGGCGGACAUCGCACCCCUGCUGCUGAUGCACCAGACGGUGGCGCCCGUCCAAGUUGGCCAACACCUACUGCCGGCCGGUGUCCAGGUCAUCGCUAACGUGCAAAGCGUGCACCACAGCGAGCGGCUGUUCCCCGAGCCGCUGCAGUUCCGGCCCGAGCGUUUCCUGGACGCCGACGGCAAGUUCAAGCCGGACAAGAACGUCAUGCCGUUCUCAGUGGGCAAGCGACAGUGUGUGGGCGAGAGUAUGGCGCGGGCUGAGCUGUUCCUCUUUGUCACCUGCUUCAUGCAGAAGUUUACCUUCCGCUGGCCAGAGGGGUUCACACACGACCUGGGGGAAGAUCCAAAAGGUACGGUCCUUCGCAGUCCCAAACCGUACAAGCUCGUACCGGAGAGGCGCUGAGGCGGAGGGACGGCGAGGAGCAGGGGGCCAGCCGCCCUCCUCAUCCAAAAGUCCGGGGCACACGCGCUCGUGAUGAUGUCUAUGAUCUUUGCUCACUGUUAAGAGCCACCAAACGCACGGAGAAAAUUAUGUGGCUCGAAUAGCUAUAUGAAAUGUUGCCUUUUCUUUCAAAGACAGGAGAAGCACAUUUCCGAUUAUGAGCAAACAUCGUUUUUGUCACAAUGACUGUGCGUCUCCGAAAAUCAUUUCUUGAACCUACACUGAUCGUUUAGACUCUUUAUAACUUGGUUGGACUGGCCGUAGUUGGGACAACUACGCGGCAACGGACCAUAUCAGUCCAUGGCGGCGAGAACCUGAAGAAACUGCACAUAUGAUGACGUGAUUCGGCCGGCUACCAUUUGGUAUUCUCACGACAUUUUCGGUUAAAAUUGUGCGCUCGGCGAUUACGUUUUUUGGAGAGGGAGGGGCAAAACGCGACAUUUUACCUCGCACUGCUUCCAUGCGGCGUUACAAGGCCGAUGGUUCGAGCUUGCUAAACCGUCGCACCCGCACUGACCACGGCUCCUCCCCUUUUCAUCGUGAACCGAUGAUGCUGAUCGCAACUUAAGUUUUAAGAAGAUAAGGGCAGUUCUGAUAGCGGGCUGACGUGUGUAAUACAUGUUGUGAACUGAUAUGUUGUGAACUGAUAUGUUAUGAACUGAUAUGCGCACUGCGCUGACGUGGACAUUGGCGUAAAGCUGUUCAGUUCGCAGUGAGUUUGCAAUGACUUUGAGUUCGUAGUGAGCUUGAGUUUGCAGUGAUUGAGUCGCAGGUAACUAGUAUGCUCGUACGAACGUGGCUUCUAACCGGUUUACGCUUACGCCGCAUGCAUCGAUGCGUGUAGGCGACGUUUCCGAAUGGGUGUGAAGAGGGCUCCAGCACAUGUUUUGAGCCUGAAGCGUGUAUAUAUCGUUUACGUCGGUAUAUCGUUUACAUGUCUAGUUUGAUUUAGUGCUCGUUUCUCGUUUGUUGGGUCGCUUAGCUUGCUAUUAUCUUGAGGACUAAUUUAGUGUUAGUCAAUCCAUGCUAUUUUCGUAUUCAUUUUGUAUUCCUAAUUUAAGUCUCUGUUCUGUCGGUUUCCGCUGUUUAGUUCGAGGUCUAGUCCGUGCAUUUCCGAGGUUUCGUUCUUUUCCCGUCAGCGUCCACGAGGAGUUCAGGCGCGGUGUUG